AUGAUCAUUUACAAGGACCUCAUCACCGAUGACGAGCUCAUCUCCGACUCCUACGAUCUGAAGGAGGUCGACGGCACCGUCUACGAGGCCGACUGCAAGAAGAUCACCAUCGGCAACGACAACAUCGAUAUCGGUGCCAACCCCUCUGCUGAGGAGGGUGGUGAUGAUGUUGAGGACUCGGCCCAGACCGUCCUCGACGUCGUCCACUCUUUCCGUCUCAACGAGACCUCCUUCGACAAGAAGUCCUACCUCACCUACCUGAAGGGCUACAUGAAGAAGGUCAAGGAGGGCCUCAAGAACAAGGGCGCCAGCGACGAGGAGGUUAAGGACUUCGAGACCAAGGCCUCUGGCUACGCCAAGAAGAUCAUCGCCAACUUCAAGGACUACGAGUUCUUCAUUGGCGAGUCCAUGGACCCCGAUGGAAUGGUCGUCCUCCUCAACUACCGCGAGGACGGUGUCACCCCCUACGUGACCAUCUGGAAGCACGGUCUCACCGAGAUGAAGGUGUAA